AUGCAUCGGCACGUCGCGGAGUCGGAGGAAGAUGACAAUGACCCAGAGUACCGCGGCGAUGCGGUCGGCACAAACGAUGACGACGAUGAACCGAAUGAUCUCGGAAUGUCAGAGGACGAAGAAGGUGACGAUGAAGAGGACGACGUCGCGGAAGAAGAGACGCAACCCAUGACACUGCCGCCUAAACGGAACGCCAGCAAGACAACCGGUGCUGACAAGCCGAAGGGCAAAGCGCACGUGGAGGAAUCCCGACAAGACGAGUUUCAGCCGCUCAAGGGGAAGCACGGCACGCAAUAUUGGGCGCCCAUUCUCGCGCAUAUCAAGAAGGAGAACCCGGAAUGGAUACGGGGAAUCAACGCAUUGCAGAAGCAGUGGCAAAACCUCAUGCUCCUUCGAAAAGAACUUAAACGUGGCGACGGUGGUACGGGAAAUGGCUCAGUGGAGAAAUCACCGUGGUGGCCCUACAUGGAGCUGUACAACAAAGACACCGCUGCAGCCAACCUGCAUCCGGUCGACGGCGGUGGAGCAACAAACGUCAACGUGACGGCCGGCGUGGAGGUGCCGACCUCCUCUCAGCCCGGGACAUCAAUGCCAACAUUCUCAGGUGACAUGUUUUCUACAGUGUUAACAUUUCUUAAGGACACGGUUCCCCCCCCCACCCCCGCGGGGAACGCUCCGACUUCUAAACGCCCGCGGGUCCACGAGACGGCGACCAUGGAAGCCGCGAUGCUAGUCUCAGACACCAUCAGGGAUUGUCACGGGGACGCCAUGAAUUGGAUUGAGAGCCUCGUGCGCGAAUGGAUGCAGCACGACUUGCGCCUUGCCCGCGAGAGCAUGGCAGAAUCAGCUCGACCUCAAGCCACACGUGGAGUGUUCAACGAUGGCCCUCCACCGCCUCGCGCUGCAUCAGCACCACCCCCUGAUCGAAGCGCGCCAGAACCAGACGAAGAAGACGCGGGUCAGCCUCGCGAAGAUGGUGGCGACGCCAACAUCGGCACUCCUGCUGAUGACGAUGUUGAGAUAUGGGUGUGCGGCGUUGACGAAGCUGUCCUCACCUUUGACGCUGAGGGUCGGGCCAUUGACUUUGACGUCUGGGUAGAUGACCUGCAGCUUUUCCUACUGAGCAAAAGAGCAGACGGUCUCUCCCUCUUUGACCUCACUUCUGGUGCCUCUCCUGCCCCUGCUGCUGAUGCUGACCCCACUGUUCGCUCUCAGUGGGCCACGCGCGAUGCUGCUGCCCGCCUUGCUGUGCGCCGCCACUUGCCGACCGCUGAGCGUGCGCACUUUAGCCAGUACAAGAGUGCUAAGACCUUGUACGACGCUGUAGUUGCACGCUACUCUUCCCCUGCCACUGCUGCGCUUAGCCGCCUCAUCCUACCGUACCUCUUCCCUGACCUCGCCGCUUUUCCCACUGUCGCUGACCUCAUUACGCACCUUCGCACUAGUGACACUCGCUACCGCGCUGCGCUUCCUGCUGAGGACCACUUCCUCUCUGUUUGCCCCACCACCCUCACCGUUGACCUCCUCGAGGAGCGCCUGCUCGCGGCAGAGAAGAGCAUAGUCGCAGUAGGUGCCUCUCGUGGUGACCCUCGUACCCCUGUCUUUGAGGGGUGCUCCCCCUCUCCCCUCUUGCCCUCUGUUGCCUCUGCUGCUGCGGCCGACCUCGUUGGUCUUGAGUCGGUCGCUGCGGCGUCUGCCCCUAGCGGGAGACGCCGCCCUGGCAAGGGCAAGGGGGGCAAGGGUGCUGGAGGAGCUGGCGGGGGCGGUGGAGGCGGAGGUGGAGGUGGUGGAGGGGGUGGGGGUGGCGGUGGGGGUGGUGGCGGGGGUGGGGGCGUCGGUGGCGGGACUGGAGGUGGAGGUGGAGGCGGCGGUGGCGGUGGGAGCGGAGGUGGCGGAGGUGGCGGUAGUGGAGGAGGUAGCGGCGGAGGCGGCGGAGCUGGUCGGGGUGGCGCUGCGCAGAGGGGUGGCUCCGGUGGUGGUGCGCGCCAGCAGCAGCAGCACCAGCGCACCCGUGAGACCCCUUCCCCCCAGCAGCUUCGUGAGUGGUACGCUGCUCGUCAGCGGGGCGGGGGUGCUGGCCCCUGUACCUACGUUCUCCGUACCGGCGACCGGGCGGGUGAGCAGUGUGGGGGCGCGCACCCCACCCAGCGCUGCUUCGGUCGUCUGACAGACGCGUGGCGCCACCAGUUCCCCGACGCUACUGAGAUCCCUCGCUGGGGCGAGCUGUCUAGGGCGGGUGUUGCAAUCUAUGAUCUUGAUUUUGAUGCUAUUCUUGCUGCCAUGUAUGCUGUGACUAUUAGUGAUGAGGGUGACUGUUACUGGUAUUUCCCGCCUGACCCAGGCAUAGAGGCUGCUGCGCUAGGUACUUGUGAGGCUGCUGCUCUAGGUGCCAGUGCGUCUGCUGCCCCAGGUGCCGGUGAGUUUGCGCUCUCAGGUGCUGCGUCGUCCCCGGACACCCACACCUUCACCCUUGACUCGGGUGCUUCCCGCUCCUUCUUUCGAGACUGCACCACUCUCACACCGCUCAGUCGGCCUGUUGCGGUCUCCCUGGCGGACCCCUCUGGGGGUCCUGUCCUUGCUCACUACUCCACUGUCCUACCGUGUCCGGCGGUCCCGUCUGGCUCCCUGUCGGGUCUCUACCUCCCCUCGUUCUCUACGAACUUGGUGGCGGGUGCUGACCUCCAGGAUGCAGGAGUUGACCAGUUCACCCCUGCACGUCAGCGGGUGACCCACUGCACUUGUGCGGACACGGGCCGCCACUUGGCCACGUUUGCUCGUCGGCCAGGGUCGAGCCUGUACACACUGACUACUGAGUCUCCUCCAGUCACUGAGUCUGCUCAGGUAGCAGCGUCGGGUCAGGUGUUUGCUGCGGCGUCCAGGUCUGGUCCUGAGUCUGCCCCCUGCUCGUGUCGUCUCCUGUCUCACCGGACUCUCCUCUGGCACCACCGUCUUGGUCACCCCUCCCUGCCUCGCCUUCGAGGCAUGGCUUCCCGUCUUCUUGUUUCUGGUCUCCCCCGGUCCCUCCCUCCCCUUCCUUUGGGGCCUGCCCCCACCUGCGUUCCCUGCGUCGAGGGGCGGCAGCGCGCUGCUCCUCACUCCUCCGAGUUUCCUCCGACAGAGGCUCCGCUGCAGACGCUUCACAUGGACGUGUGGGGCCCAGCCCGCGUCCGUGGGCAGGGUCAGGAGCGCUACUUCCUGCUGGUGGUUGACGACUACUCGCGUUACACCGCAGUCUUCCCCUUGCGCAGCAAGGGUGACGUCACUGAGGUGUUGAUCGCCUGGAUCCGCGCGGCUCGUCUCCAGCUCCAGGAGAGUUUCGGCUCCGACUUUCCUGUUCGGCGUCCGACCGAGGCGGAGAGUUCUCCUCUGACCUUCUGCGGACCUUCUGUCGCGCACGAGGCAUCCGCCAGACCUUCACGCUUCCGGACUCUCCGCAGCAGAAUGGGAUUGCUGAGCGCCGCAUCGGCAUGGUCAUGGACGUCGCUCGUACGUCCAUGA